AUGGGGAGAAUUAAGAAGGUGGCUAGCCGCAAGCAUGAGGCUACAAUCUCACCUUUUCUUGAAGAAUUUAUCGGGAAAUCAAUAAAUCUCCCUAUCCCAGAGCUUCCUGCACACCUGAGCUCGUUCCCCCGGCUAUGGCCCUUUCCUCGCGGCGACCUUUACCACUGGAUCACAGUUCUAGACCGCUUCGAUGAAAUUCUGGCCUCCGUCAUCGAAAAAUACUUCCUAAACACCGGCCCACAGACUCAAUCAUUCGGAAGGAGUGUCCUGGAAGAGUCAUAUGCUGCCGAUCCGAGCAAGAAACCGGCGGAGGGCAUUGAUGCCAAACUGAAUAACCUUGGGUAUGGCCCGGAGGGAGACAAGGAGCUCGUGGAGGCGAUAUUGAAUUUCUCGCGCCUUCUACUCGAGAAAUGCGGCAACCGCAGCCUCUACAAUAGUAGCGAGCGACUAGGCGACCUUUUGAAUACCACAUCACUGUCUCUUCUCCAAUCCACCUUACGUCUGGCAUUAUGUCUAGCCCAGAGAUACCACUCGCGUCAAAGGGGUCAUCAACAGCAGACUAUGCUGGCGACACACUACAAUAUUGACUUGGAGAAACUGCAAAAGAUCGCUGCACCGUUCCCUCGCCCGUUUGUCACAAGUCAAACUCCGUUCGCCGAUUCUCCUGCUGUUGGCGGCAAAACCAAGGAAAAGACUCCCCCGACCUCGACCAAGUUGAAUGCGAAUGAGUUGGUUUCGCUUGUGCGCGAUGAAAAUGGCUGGGAAGAAUGGGGCAAUCUUCGCGUGCUUUACUACCCCACUGGCAACUCUGAACAGAUGAGAACAACAUCCGACUUUGGUAGGGGCGAGCAAGAUCCCAGCACUCCGUCCACGCCAACCCCACUGCGUCGGAGUGCAACACAUCCUACUCCACGUCUAAGCCGCGGCUCGAAUGUAGAUGAGGCCCCAGUCCCCGUGCCUAAUACUGGCGGCGGUGGUGGUGCUAAGACCGAGGAACCAUCUCGAAACGGCAAAAUCUUGGAUCUCACGUACUCCAAAAUCUCAUCAGCGAAAACGGAAGAUAUAAUCGCCUCCAAUGCACCGAAUUUGCCCGUGGAAGCAAAGUACGAGCUUCUUCAUAAACUCCGUGUGGCCCAAGCCUUGUCUACAUCGCGGGAAACUCGCGAGCAGAUCCUGUCGAUUCGUAUCUUGGCCGUGACCAAUCUGGCCUAUGUCCAGACCGAGUCUGCAUUCCAACACAAGAUCCUGCAGUACGAUAUGGAACAGUCGAAACGCCUUCAAUUGACCUACCAGCUUGCGGAGAUUGUUCACCUUGGCGCUAGUGGCGACCUUACGGUUUCGAGAACAUUGCAAACAUUGGCAAUCCAAGCCCUUGAUGCCUUGGCGAAACACAAAUCUCGUGCCAUCGAUGUUUGUGCUGCUUUGAGCGUCAAUGUCAACCAUGGUGUGUUGAUGUUCCUUACUCGCAAAGUGGUAAAUGAGCUGGGCGCAGAGGAUGAUGGAACCGAUGAUUCUUUCCACGACGAAUGGCGGGAUGCACUGCUUGCUCUUCUGCGGACGCUUCCCAGUUCGAGCUCCCGCACUCCAGAGACACUGGUCGCGGCUGGUUUGAUUCCAAUGUUUGUUGAUAUUCUCAACCUCCGCACUAGCAAAUCUCGCCGGGUCUACUCGCGAAUUAUGGAAUUCCUGGACACUUUUGUGCACGCCGUUCGCGAUGCUCUUGGUACACUCACUGCUGCCAAGGGCUUCGAUGCCAUCUCUGACCUGAUUGACCAUGAGACCAAGACAGCAUUUGAGAAUGUUUCUAGUGGAACUGGGUUCCCGGACCAGUAUAAGAAUCCCUCCAUCGAUUAUCAGAUCCCCUAUUUCCAGCAGCAAACCCUCCGGUGGAUGUUCCGCUUUGUCAACCACAUCAUGCAGCAUAAUGGUGGAGGUUUCGAUCGAGUCCUGCGCAACCUGAUCGACUCACCCCAAUUGUUGACCUCCUUGAGAUUGGUCUUUGAGAAUGCUCGGAUUUUCGGUUCCCACGUCUGGAGCAAUGCUGUCAAUAUUCUUAGCAGUUUCAUCCACAAUGAGCCCACUAGUUAUGCGGUCAUUGCCGAAGCUGGACUGAGCAAGAGUUUGCUUGCGGCUGUGAUGGGGCGUGAGCUCCAGGCUGAGGAAAAGCCACCCGCUAUAGAACCUGAAGAUGCCGGCACUGAGGCGACGCCGUCAGCACCUGCAGCCGUUGCUGAGCCUACUCCGGCAGAGGUGAAAAAGACAGCAGGCCGUGAGUAUGUUCUUGCGCGGCCCCGAAACACUCCUCUCGCCCCCGGAAUCAUCGCUGCUGCCGAUGCGCUGGCUUGUAUUCCCGCGGCAUUCGGAGCCAUUUGCCUGAACUCAUCUGGCUUGGAUCUAUUCCAGUCUUCCGACGCUCUCGAAAGCUUCUUCGAGAUCUUCGAGAACCCCGAACACAUCAAAUGUCUGAAAGAAGACCCCAAUCUGAUCCGUUCCCUUGGUACAACCUUUGACGAGCUUAUUCGUCACCACCCUGCUUUGAAGACAUCAAUCAUGUCCGCCGUUAUUGUGAUGGCUGCUCGUGUCAAUAUACUUGGUCGAGUUAAGGCUUGGGAGUUGGGCCUGGGUACAAAGUUAUGGACUCAGGAUUCACAGGGCCAGUCUGUUCUUUCUGGAGAUAUCGCCUCUUUGUUCCGAGACAUCGGCGUGGCUGUCGAUGCGUCGGUAGAAAACCCCCGCUUCCUCGGUAUACAUUCUCUGAAUUCCGUUGCCCUGCCAAACGGUGGAAAGCUCAGUUAUGGUGCUCUAGAAAGCCUGCUUCCCUCGCCAGAUGCCAGCUUCGAGCCCAAAGACUAUGAUGAGCAUGGUCUAACACUCACGGACUAUAUAUUCCCUGCUAUUCGUUUCCUUGGUGCCUUUUUUGAAAACCAGCCGAAUUGCACAGCCUUCAUCCAGGCCGGAGGAUCGGAGUUUGUCCUUGACUAUGCUACCCUCCAGGGGAUGUCCUUCCACUUCCACGGUACAGAUGCUAACCAAGAACUGACGGUCCUUGUCCAUAUGCUCGCCGAGACAAAACCACACCUGAUCAUUCCUUCCUUGAUGGACCGCGCGCAACUUGCAGUGAACAAUCUUUCGGCCUUCUCCACAUCCCCCAAUCCUUCUGGAUUUUUCACUGCACUGGCCAAGCCCAAUGACCCGAAGGAGCCGAUCACAGAGCCUACACUCGCCGCUCAGCAUGGCACAUUCUUCGCCAAGCAUCUGAAUGCUGUUCUGAUACUGACGGAUCUUCUGCGUGAGGUUUUCGCCUUGCCGCUAUAUCAGACCCGAUCGGUUAACCAAACUGCCCCCUUCGCUCAAGUCAAUCUUGCCGAUCGUUAUUGUACAUUGGUUGCUUCUCUUGGUGAUCUCCAAGCAGCAUGUGUCUGGGAAGAAAUCAUGCUGGAAAAGAACAUACCCGAGAAAUGGGUACAGUCAACUGGUGUUCCUACCGACCGUACCGACCGGAAUACAAAGAACCUUCCACCUGCUCAACAAGCCACGGAUUCUGCAACUGCAACCUCGCGCGAAGGAACGGCAGUUGCGGAGAGCAGCAAGACUCCUGCCCCCGAAAAGACCGCGGAUGAUGCUAAGGUAGACGAGGAGACCCCAGCUUUCAAGAAUGUCCAAGCCCUUCGAUAUCUCUUGAGCGGCCUGCCAUCUUCUGUCACUGGAUUUUUCCACAAUCUUGGACUCAGUCUGAUCACCAAGAGGCGACCUACUACCGAUCAAAAAGCGAAACAGAAUGCCACAAUGGUUGCUGAUGCUAUUGCGGAGUCUGUUCUUCGACAGCUUCAGUUGGCUGCUGCAAACUCUUCUGACAGCCCGAGACAUCGGUUCGCGUAUCUCAUUGUUACCCUUUCCUCGUUCUCGCAUCUUCUGUACGAGGUUUCCAAUGAGCGUCCCCAGUCAAACUACUUGACAAUGGUCCUCGUGGCUUUCAAGCGACAAAAUGGUCUGAAUGUUCUCAAGGAGAUUAGCCAAAUGUUCAUGCGUGAAAUCCAGUCCCUCAAGCCUUCGGAAUAUGCGCCUUAUACCGAUAAGAAGGUGCCCGACGAGCUCACUUCUGCCUACGGUGGAAUCAAGAUUAUCCUUGCUCUAUUUUCGGAACUCGCGGGAGGAAAGAGCAUCGUAGACUCCAGCCAGACACAGGCCUUGACCAGUCAUCAAGACCGUGAUCGUGGCAGCCCUGAUUACUUCCAACCAGGUCAAUUCAUCGUCGAUCUUCGCAUGCAGAUUCUACCCAUGGCCCAGGAGAUGUGGAAUUCCGAAUUCGCGACUCAGUCCGAAAGUUCGGUCAUCAAGUGCCUUGUUGAUAUUCUCCGGUCAUCUCUGGAUGGAGAGUACGAAAACGGAGCUGCUCACGAGGCAGAUACUCAGCCCCUUCUGACAGAGACGACUCGCCGUGCAUUUGUGGUCAGCAAAGAACGUGCUGCUUCUCUGGUUGAAAAGGGAUAUAAUGACAAUGAACUGAACAAGGAGGCCCUCUAUCGCUGCAACAAUGCCCUCGUCAGUGCGGAAGAAUACUGCAAGGCACAGAACUGGCUUCGGGCUCCGCCAAGACUCCCUCCGGGCCCUAACGAUAUUCAAACUGGUCACUCUGACACUGCUUCUGGCGGGGAAGGUGCCGAUGAACCUGUUGGCCCAGAUGGGACGCCGUUCAACGGUGGCGGUUUCCUUGAGCGAUCUGGUCUUGCGAUGCUUUUGGCCCAGGCUACAGGACGACCUGUUGAUGACCCGAUGAACCCCGAGCAAGAAGACGGACGGGACAUGGAUCCUCUCAUGCGGGAUGGCUUGGCUCGUGCCAUCCACAAUGUUCUUAACGACGAUGAUAUGGCCACAGAUGACCAGGCUGAACCUUCAAACCAAACUCGCGAUGCACAGUCCCAUGACGAUAUGUCGCCCCUCGAACCGAUCAAUGCCCCUCCUCAGGCUCCUGCCGCAGCCCAGACUGAAUCCGCUCCUCGCCGCCAACUGGUUACAGUCGAGUCUCUGGAUGUGGAACGGGAACAAAUCCGCUCAAACCUCAUCGAUCGCUGCCUGGACGUCUUGAAUGAGCAUCAUGACGUUUCCUUCGAGCUCGCAGACCUCAUCUCUUCUGCCAUCAAGAAGCACCCCGAACCUGAGAACUUCCGUCGCGAUAUUGGAGAGACUCUUGUUCAAUCCCUCGUCUCUCUGCAGAUGGAGAACUUUCAGACUGCUGGCAAGAAGAUUGCUGCUUAUGCACACAUUCUCGCAUUGGUCCUACAGGAUCGUGACAUGUAUACAGCAACUCUUGAGGAAUUGAAGGAUUGCUUCUCAACUUUCCUGAGCUUCGUCAAGCUCCCUGAAAAGGCUGACGACGAAAGGUUCCCAUGGGUUGGCCAUGUGCUGCUAAUUCUGGAGAAACUGUUGUCCGAUGACUGCAAGCCACCUGUUAUUACAUGGACUCCUCCAAACCCCGAAAACCCCAAGGCUGAUAACGAUGGCCCCGCUCGACUUGAAGAGCCUCUUGUCUCUCUUGAGGAAAAGACCAAGCUCUUUGAGGCUCUGGUGGAAAUUCUUCCUCGUGUGGGCAGGGAUGACACACUUGCUUUGUCUAUCUGCCGUGUCCUAGUCAUCCUGACUCGCCAGCGCAGCAUUGCGGCUCGUUUUGGCGAAAAGCGAAACCUUCAGCGCCUCUUCGUCAUGGUUAAGCAGUUGGCCAGUGCGACAAAUGACAAGCUUCAAAGUUCCUUCAUGCUCAUUCUGCGACACAUUGUUGAAGACGAGGCUACGAUUCGCCAAAUCAUGCGCGCUGAGAUCGUUGCUAAUUUCGAGUCUAAGACUACUCGCCAGAUCGACACCACCGGCUACGUUCGACAACUGUACCAUCUCGUCCUCAGGGCGCCCGAAAUAUUUGUCGAGGUCACCAAUGAGAAACUGAGACUCCUUCGCUAUGACAACUCGCAGCGGCCGCAAGUUCUUGGAUUGAAGGCCGAUAAAGACCGCACCGCUCGUCUUCGCCAUGGCAAGGGCCUCGAAGAGGACAAGACCGAGCCCGCAGGUGAAGCAUCGGCUUCGACAGCCGCUCCGGCACAAACAUCCGAAUCGGACGAUAAGGACAAGGACAGCAAGAACCAAACCAAGAACACUGAGCUCAAACCACCUGUGGUGGAGAACCCAGAUGGUGUGAUCCAUUAUCUCCUGUCCGAAAUUCUGUCAUACAAGGAUGUGGAUGACAAGGAAUCCACCGAGCCGGUUGAACAGUCUACUGCCGAGCAGGCCGAUCCUCAAACCGAUGUCGAGAUGGGUACUGAUGACCCAACGCCUUCUAUUGCGAGCAGCACUGCCGAUUCUCAGCCCAACCGCGCCGCCAACCCUGCCCCGGCCACGAAGAAGGGAGAAAAACCGACUUUCAAGGCAGAGGACCACCCCAUCUACAUUUACCGUUGCUUCCUGCUCCAAUGUCUGACGGAGCUUCUAUCCUCCUACAACCGGACCAAGGUGGAGUUUAUAAAUUUCUCCCGGAAGGCCGAUCCUCUAGCCACAACUCCCUCUAAGCCGCGUUCUGGAAUUCUCAACUACUUGUUGAACGUGCUUGUCCCCAUCGGAACUAUGGAGCAUGAUGAGUCACUGUCAUUCAAGAAGCGCAGCAUCACCUCUAGCUGGACGAUGCAAACUCUCGUUGCUCUUUGUACCAAAACCGGCGAGUUCGGCGGCGUCGGCCGUCGUCGAAACGAACACAAGCGCAACGAAGAAGAUGAGCCCGAGCUUGCUUUUGUCCGCCGUUUCGUUCUAGAGCACGCUCUUCGAUCUUACAAGGAUGCCAAUGCCUCCACUGAGCCCUUGGAUGCCAAAUAUUCCAAGUUGAUGUCCCUUGCCGAUCUCUUCGAUAAGAUGCUUAGCGGCUACUCUUACUCCCAAGAUGCAGGAUUCCCGUCUUCGACAAGACAACUCGCGAAGACAAUGUUCGAGAAGCACUUCAUUCCUGCUCUGACCGCCUCUGUCGCUGAAAUCGACUUGAAUUUCCCUUCAUCCAAGCGUGUCAUCAAUGAGAACUCCGACAUCUCUAACCUCGGUGAAGCUGAUGAUGAUGAAAUUUCUUCGGCAACAUCAGUUUCUGACAUGGAGGACGAACGUGAAGAAACUCCUGAUCUCUUCCGACACUCUACUCUCGGCAUGCUCGAACCCCGUCACGAGGAAGAGACCAGCUCAGAAGAAUCCGAGGGCGAGGAUGAUGAGAUGUAUGAUGAUGAGUAUGAUGAAGAAAUGGAAUAUGACGAGGACAUGCCCGAAGACGAUGGUGAGGUUGUCAGCGACGAUGAGGAUGGCGUGGGCCCCAUUGAAGGUCUUUCUGGUGAUGCUGUUGAGGUCAUUAUCGAUGAAGAUGAUGAAGAUGAUGACGACGACGAGGAUGAUGAUGAGGACGACCACUCGGACAUGGAGGAAGAUGAGAUGUUUGCGGACGAAAUCACUGGCGAUCACGACAAUGACAGCCUCGCAGAUGGCGAAGAUGACGAGUGGGAAAGCGAAGAGAUGACCGAAGACGAAGAAGAAGCCGAGAUGAUGAACCAAUUCGAAGACGAAAUGGCCGAUAUGCGCCAGUCUAACCGUCAACCCGAUGGUCACCACCGUAUCAAUGAUCUAUUCCGUGCUCUGAACGAAGCCGCCGGAGGGGUCGAUGAUCUCCACGGUGAAGGCUUAGGAGGAGAUAUCCACGAUGAAAUUCUUGAUGAAUUGAACGAGGAUGGAGAAGACGACGACGAAAUGGACGAACUAGAAGAAGAAGGCGACGAUUAUGACGACUACGAGAUGGACCAGGGAUCUGAAGGCGAUAUGGAAGAUGAUGAUCUCCUUGAGCCAUGGGGCUGGGAGGGCGAUGAACUGCCACCCCCUCGUGGCCACCAUAACCACCGCUUCCGUGGUGGACCAGGUCCCGCUUGGGCAACUGUUACCGAAAUCAUGCCCGGUCGCAAUGGCGGCUUGGUACCAAUUCAACCCUACCACCGUGUCCACCGUGGCCAAAUGCCCGGAGGUCGAGGGAACGAUGAUGGCACUAACCCUCUGCUAAUGCGCAACGACCGCGGUGAUGCUAAUUCCCAACUCCGCGGACAAGGCCCCGAAGGCUUCUCUGACUGGCCUGCUCUUGAUGCGCAGGGUGGACAGGGCCGUCUCAUGCCAAUGGACAGUCCUAUGAGCUUUAUGAACGCCAUCAUGCAAGCCAUUGGUGGCCAAGCUCAGCCUGGCGUUGGAGUUGUUACUCGACCGGAUGGCAUCCACAUCCACGUCGACCGCAGCACCGUUCUCCCCACUAACCGUCUCAACGAUAUGUUCGGCCUCAGUCGAGGACAGGCAGCCAACCCCCCUCGUGGUCGCGAUGACCCCCACCACGCCGUGAAGUUUUCCUUGUGUACGACCAAGAACCGCUGGCAAGAGGAAGCUCGCAUUCUCUACAGUGGUACCUAUGUUGAGAAGUGCCAACGUAUUGUCAACUCCCUUCUGAAGGGCUUGGUCCCCCCUGCCCUCGAGGAAGAAGAACAACGCCAAAAGGUGGCCGAAGAAGAGCGCAAGAAGGCGCAAGAAGAACGGGCCGAGAAGGAACGACAAGAGCGCAUUGCGCGCGAAGAAGAAGAACGUGAGCGCAAGCGCCAGGAGGAGGAAGAAAAUGCUCGACGACAGGCUGAGCAAGAGCAAGAAGAAGCUGAACGACAGGCUGCCGGCGGUGAUGAGCCGAUGGAAGACGUCCAAGAGACAGAGUCUGUGACCGAAGAAACGGCGACUUUGCCUGAGUCUGCCCCUGCUGAGCCUGCUGAACGAGUCCACACCACCAUUCGGGGCCGCCAGCUUGAUAUCACUGGUCUGGAAAUCGAUCCUGAGUACCUCGAGGCGCUUCCGGAGGAACUCCGUGAAGAAGUCAUCAUGCAACAGCUCGCUGAGCAACGAUCCCAAGCUGCUGCUGCGGGCGAAGAGCCAACCGAGAUCAACUCGGAAUUCCUGGAAGCUCUGCCUGCUGAGAUCCGUGAAGAACUGUUGCAACAAGAAGCCGCUGAUCGACGCCGACGGGAACGAGAUAGCGCUCGACGACAAGCCAAUGCUGGUAGUGCUGCCCCACGGGCCGAAGAUAUGGAUGCUGCCAGCUUCCUAGCCACCUUAGACCCUUCGUUGCGCCAGGCCGUUCUCGCCGAUCAACCCGAGGAAGUUCUCGCUACAUUAGGCCCUGAAUACCUGUCGGAGGCACGAACUCUUGGCGGUCGACGCAUGGCGCAGUUUGGCGACGUUUCCGGAAUUCCGGGAAUGGAGCCUCGCCAACGAGGUGAGGCUGCUGAAGGUCAAGAGCCCAAGAAGCAGCAGCGUCGUCAAAUCGUUCAAAUGCUUGAUAAGGCUGGCGUUGCCACACUCCUUCGUCUAAUGUUCAUGCCGCUGCAGGGCAAUGCCCGCCACCAAUUGAAUGACAUUCUUCACAAUGUUUGUGAGAAUCGCCAGAACAGAAGCGAGGUUAUCAGUCUCCUUCUGUCUGUUCUGCAAGACGGUAGCGUGGAUUCCUCUGCAAUUGAACGCAGCUUCUCCCACCUUUCUUUGCGUGCCAAGGCUCCCGGUGUGCAAAAGACUCCUCAGUCCACCAAACGCAACCCGACCAUUCAGUCUUCCUCCAGCGUCAGCACUGAUGUGACUCCUAUCAUGGUGGUUCAACAGUGCCUGGGAACACUGUCUUUCCUUUCCCAGUUCAAUCCUCACAUUGCUUGGUUCUUCCUGACCGAGCAUGAUUCUGCCUCUUCGCUCAAACUCAAGGCAUUGCGAAAGGGCAAGGGCAAGGAGAACCGUUCUAACAAGUUCGCUCUGAACGCUCUUCUUUCGCUCUUGGAUCGGAAAUUGAUCAUGGACAGCCCCAAUUGCAUGGAGCAAUUGUCUGCUCUUUUGAGCAGUAUCACUCAGCCACUUACUGUUCUCCUCCGUCGUGAGAAGGAGAAGCAAGAAGAGGAGAAGGAGAAGGGCAAGGAGCCCGAAGGAACUCAAGCCGAGGAGUCUGCCGAGCAGCCUGCUGACUCGGCAUCAGGUGUUGAUACCGCCAUGACAGAUGCCCCCGUGCCUACAGUUGAGUCUGCUGAAGAUCAAGGUACUACUCAGACCACAGAGGGUGAAGAUGCGAAACCCGCCGAGAAGGAUGGCUCAAAGCCUGGCGAUGAGGAAAAGCGCAAACGCAAAUCCAUUGAGCCUCCUGUCGUCCCCGAUCACAACUUCCGACUAGUUGUCCAUAUUCUUGCCGCUCGUGAAUGCAAUGGCAAGACCUUCCGUGACACUCUCUCAACCAUCAACAAUCUGUCUGCGAUCCCCGGAGCUCGUGAUGUUAUUGGCAAUGAACUCGUUGGGCAAGCACAGACCCUGAGUGAUACGAUUCUGGCGGACUUGGAAGACCUUCUCCCUCAUAUCCACCAAGCCAAGACCGGCACAGACAUGCAAGGGUUGGCCCUGGCCAAGUUCUCCCCCGCCAGCUCUGACCAAGCCAAAUUGCUGCGUAUCCUUACCGCCCUCGAUUACCUCUUCGAUCCUACUCGUGUGGACAAGUCCAAGGGCACCGAGCCUGAAGCCGCACCCAAGGAGGAUGUCCUCAAGAGGCUGUAUGAAAGUGCUACUUUCGGACCUCUGUGGACUAAGUUGAGUGACUGCCUGUCUCUCAUUCGCCAGAAGGAGAAUAUGCUUAACGUGGCUACAAUUCUUCUGCCGCUGAUCGAGGCGUUGAUGGUUGUUUGCAAAAACACCACUCUGAAGGACCAACCGAUUAACCGCAACAUUCGCGAGGCAUCUGUUAACAGUGCUCCCGAUGUUGGUCCUGGCAUGGAAAACCUCUUCUUCAAAUUCACUGAAGAGCACCGCAAGAUUCUCAACGAGCUUGUCCGUUCCAACCCUCGAUUGAUGAGUGGCACGUUCUCCCUGCUGGUCAAGAACCCCAAGGUCCUGGAGUUUGACAACAAGCGCAACUACUUCACUCGUCGUGUGCACUCUCGUGGCUCUGAGCCUCGUCACCCCCACCCUCCCCUUCAACUCUCCGUCCGUCGCGACCAGGUCUUCCUUGAUUCGUUCAAGUCCCUCUACUUCAAGACCGCGGACGAGCUUAAAUACGGCAAGCUCAACGUGCGUUUCCACGGUGAAGAAGGUGUGGAUGCUGGUGGUGUGACUCGAGAAUGGUUCCAGGUCCUUGCUCGGGGAAUGUUCAACGCUAAUUACGCUCUGUUCACCCCCGUUGCUGCUGAUCGAACCACAUUCCACCCUAACCGCCUCAGUGGCGUUAACUCGGAGCAUCUUCUGUUCUUCCGAUUCAUUGGGCGAAUCAUCGGUAAAGCUCUCUACGAGGGCCGGGUUCUGGACUGCCAUUUCUCGCGCGCUGUUUAUAAGAAGAUUCUCGGCCGAGCUGUUUCUAUAAAGGAUAUGGAAUCUCUGGAUCUGGACUACUACAAAUCUCUUCUGUGGAUGCUGGAGAACGACAUCACCGACAUCAUCACCGAGACCUUCGCCAUCGAAACCGACGACUUUGGCGAGAAGCAAGUGAUCGACCUGAUCGAGAACGGUCACAACAUUCCCGUCACCCAGGAGAACAAGGAGCACUAUGUCCAGCGUGUUGUCGAGUACCGUCUCGUCGAGUCUGUCAAGGAGCAAAUCGACAACUUCCUGACCGGCUUCCACGAGAUCAUCCCGCCAGACCUGAUCUCCAUCUUCAACGAGCAAGAACUGGAAUUGCUGAUCUCUGGUCUUCCUGAGAUCGACGUGGAUGAGUGGAAGAAUAACACCGAUUACCACAACUACUCUGCCUCUUCGUCGCAGAUCCAGUGGUUCUGGCGUGCGGUCCGCUCCUUCGAUAAGGAGGAACGCGCUAAGUUGCUCCAGUUUGUCACGGGUACUAGUAAGGUCCCUCUCAACGGCUUCAAGGAGUUGGAGGGUAUGAACGGUGUCAGCAAGUUCAAUAUCCACCGCGACUAUGGCAACAAGGAUCGCCUUCCUAGUGCGCACACAUGUUUCAACCAGCUUGAUCUUCCCGAAUAUGAGAGUUAUGAAGAUCUCCGUCACCGGCUGUACACAGCUACGACGGCUGGUAGCGAGUACUUCGGUUUCGCAUAG